GCGAGGAGUCAAAGAAGACCGCGGUGACGUACUGGUGUUUGCUUCAAUCAGAUCAGUGGCUACGAAAGGGGCAACGACGAUGUGGUGAUAGACUACAAUGCCACUAUUUAAAUCUGUCACGUCCCGUUAUCCAUUGAAAUUGGUAAGAAACUAUAUGUGUCUCAGGGACUAACCAUAGAACAAUGUGUCGACCUACUCAUGUCUGUCUGAUUCAGAUCAGCGACCCUGCAGGAGGCCGCCAUGACACCGCUGAUCUGGUGAUGAUAGCUGCGUUACAAAUGUCUAAAUAUCUAACUUCCCACUCUUUUUUCGAAUUGGUGAAGACCUAUCUGGGUACAUCUGGUGCGUCACGGAGUACAGCAACGUCGAGCAUGCCAAAACAAAGUUAACACCAGAUCGAACGCAACGGCAAAAUUAACGCGUAGAGUGCGUUCUAUCAAAGCCGAUUAACACGCAAUCUGACAGCUUAACAUCAUCAUGCUGAAUUAUCGGAACCUCAUCCAAGCAAUAAUGGCAUCAAAGCAGCUCGAACACACAAGCUCGUCGAAUGGUGUCGUGGUUUUCCGCCGCUGAAGAGGCACAACAUGUAUGUUCCACAUUGCUGCAGCAAGACUGUUUGUCCCGCACUUGCACGUCACGCCGUGUAUUGUACAAUCAGUUUACGACUUCAUCUCUUCAUUUGCAUAAACUCCCGACGCCGAACGCUUGCGGGCAUCACCCUAGCGUUCAAACCUUCUUCAGAAGCAUCUUGUGUUUUUCAUAGUCCGAGUCUAGUCAGAAGGGCACCAAGAUGAUAAAUUAAAGGGGUUUGAGUUGUAUGCGCCAUUUGCCCAAGUGGACACUUGAAGCCUGUGCUUCCUCGAUCUGACCAGCGUGUCUAAGUCUAUGUUCGGCACUAAAAAUACCAAACAUCUGAGACUGGUGACGGGCUGGGGAAGAAACGACAUCAGCGUCAUGACCAGACUCGUUUGUCGCAGCGAGCGUUUCUCUGACUUGUAUCCUUGGGACGCUGAAGGCUCGGCAAGGAGAGAAUUCCAUCUCUGCAAUGCAGGUCCAUAUGCAGGAGUCACUUGUUCAGCUUCCUAAGUUUCUCCCGACCCAGAAAGGUGCGUGACAGAGUCGGAGCGACACCUAAGCUGGGAGUCAUGGCCAACGUACUCUGAGACAACAUCUUCGCCAGAGAAGGACGGAACCACAGAAUGAAUUUUGUGAGAUUUUUUUUAUGCGUGUAUGGACUGCUGCUUGUGAAUCACUUGCUUCUGUCGGCUCGAAUGUGAUUAGACGCCACUGCAAGUAGCGCGUUACGGAAGUUACUUCAAUGCUUGUCGUUUUAUUCGUCUUGACUUAUAAAGUCCCGCACGGUCCGGCAGCAAAAUUCUGUUAUGCUUACGAGUAUGCCGGAAUCAGGUCUACACUGUCCACUAUGGUUGCGUCUCAAGUAGAUAGACUUUCUUUGGCGGCAUCCACCAGCUUCCCAAUAUCACCUGCAGGCUCGCACUUCACGAGAUUAGAUAUGUUUUCAAAUCGUGCUGCGUUAGCGACGCAAACAGAAAUCCAAACAGACUGAUGGCUCUGGUCUUUAAGACGUCGUGUUUCAUGAUACGGUAAAGUCAACACCACAAUCAAAACUGAACAGUUUUAAGCGGCGAUGUCACGAACCCCCUACCCAUCGAAGAUCUUUUUGGGGGAAUUCACGUUAUUUUCACCAGUUCUUGUAGACAUACAGUGAUGCGUUCAAUACCAAGUCUGUCUAUUCUCGUGGACGGAGUCCCCAAAGACUAAACAAAAAACAGGACUACAAGGGAACGAUAUGGAAACAGGGUCUUCGCCUCUUGUGGCAUCAGAGCGAUCCGCCAUUUACAAGCCAAAUGGGAAUGUGUUUUCAUCGCCGUAUAGGUUACAUCAGAGGAAGCAAUGUGCCGUUUUAUGGAAGCAGUUCCGUUUGAUGAUAUCCUAAAGUUACGAAAAAGAAGAAAGGACUAGUGCCGUCAAACUACAGAAAGGAGCGUCGGAUGGCUGUCAGGAAAAGCCAACGAGCUUGCCAGUAAACGUCACCGCAUAUGCAUCGAGCGACUGUUGUUCCAGAAAAGGCCCCAAACCCUCUCACAACUGACUAGAUUAGGAGAACCGAACUGUGAGCCUAAGGAAUAACGCCGGACACUUGCCCUCUGUCGCGGGCGUGUUUGUAGCUGGAAGGAGACCCAUAUUCACCACAGAUGUCAGCUCUCCUUCCGGACGCGAUGUCUUUCUGGAGGAAUUGGUUUCUGUCGCAAACUGUUGUGCACUUCUUCUUUAAUGGCUUGUUCCCUGCCUGUGUGAAGAUGAAAGAGCAACUGUGGUCAGGAGACGUCUGUCUCGUGAGUCCUGCCGUCUCCACGCGCAUGCUGCAUGCAAUUAGUUGACCCAGCGGGUAAGAGGUUCGCUCUGUUUGCCGGAUUCUUCUCAAAAGGCGCGCGUUUCGGUCCGACACAGCAAGAGUUUCGCGUGCGAGAAUAAAGAGCAAUUGCGUCUCUGCAAAGAUGAACAGAGUCCCGCGGCGGUAGUGGGUAAUCGUGCCUCUUUUCUAUCGCGAUUUGCUGCGGAAUGUUUGUUGGGGCAAUCGCUGUCCGGCAAGUGUUUCUCGUCCUUCCAAAAUGUGUGUGUCCUCCCCCCUUUUCCAGUUCUCAUCUUUAUGGUGCAUCGUUCCUGACUGCUCCUUCUUCGGUCUCCCUGUGCAAACCCGCCGCGUGACGUCCGAUGUGUAGGCUAGAAGGCCACCCGCUGGGGGUUGCCGAAGCCCCGUCGGGACCCAGGACGGCAAUUCAGGCACCCAGACCUCAUCACUUGUUCCCCGACUCUGCAUUACUCUUCCGCGUUAGUGAAGCCUGUUUUAUCUUUGUUGUUUCCAGUCUCUUUCUGUGCCCUCUGAAAGAAUCGUUCCCUCCGUCCGGAGCCAUCUGGGCUGCGGCGUCGCCUCAAGGCGACCCGGGUUGUCCCCGCAAUUCGCCUUGCUCUUUCCCGUACAGUAUUCACCGAUUUCCUUCUCCUUCUCGUUCCUUUGAAGUUUCAUCUUUCCCUCUUGUCCAGUCGAAUCGUUACAGUCCUCCACGUAGACCCUUCGCCCGUAAUGGCGGAUGGAAAACCCUGCGGCGUUCGACGCCGACCUCGGCAGCCUUGUUUCCCCAUGAUUCUUCGAUGGAUUCUUUGUCUGUCUCUUCUGCUAUCUUAGAUUUUUCAUUCGGUCCACAGGACACAAAACCAGAGGCGCGAUGGCGUUCCCCGAACUCUACACUGGCGGCGUUCAUUGCGCCACAUUCACCCUCACGAGUCGGGUGCAUGUACAUGUCGUCACAUAACCCUGUGGCCACCCACAGGUGCGGAGCUCAGCACUCUCCAUCGUUCUUUCCGAAGUACUUCCCCGCCUCUCGAAAUUUGUUUCCGGAAUCUUAUUUUCUCUUCCGUGUUUCGCCUGUAAACCCCCGCCCUUCCGCUGGGCCGGCCCGCGCUGAGCCUGCCGCUGUUGCCGCGAACUCCCGCCACAUGGCCUCGCCGUCCGCGCUGGGGUCUGCGCCGUCGUCUAUUUUUUCUUCAUCCGCAGCAACGGUUCCCCUUUCACGGUACCGGAACAUCGGGAUCAUGGCGCACAUCGACGCCGGGAAGACGACGACGACGGAGCGGAUUCUGUUUUACACCGGCGUCUCGUGCCGCCUCGGUGAGGUGCACGACGGCGAAGCGACCAUGGACUUUAUGGCGCAGGAGCGCGAGCGCGGCAUCACCAUCACCUCGGCUGCGACGACGUGCUAUUGGGAGGGCAUGCGGAAAAACUAUCCGCCGCAUCGGAUCAACAUCAUCGACACACCUGGCCACGUGGACUUUACCGUGGAGGUCGAGCGCUCGCUGCGGGUGCUGGACGGUGCCGUCGGAGUCUUCGACUCGGUCGCCGGCGUGGAGCCGCAGUCGGAAACGGUGUGGCGCCAAGGCAACAAGUUUUCGAUUCCGCGGCUCGCGUAUGUGAACAAGAUGGACCGUCUAGGUGCAGAUUUUUGGGGCUGCGUGAGGCAGAUCCGGCGGCGCCUCGGAAGCAAUGGCGUCCCCGUCCAGCUGCCGAUAGGAAAGGAAAUCAGUUUUCGCGGAGUGUUUGACCUCGUGCGCAUGCGCGCGAUCUACUGGGAGGAGGAGUCGCUGGGUGCUACGUUUGUGGAGACGGACGAAAUCCCUGAGGGCAUGCAGGACGAGGUACACAGACACCGCCAGCGGCUGCUCGAGAAGGCGGCGGAGGGGUCCGAGGAGCUGAUAGCAAAGUACCUGGAGACCGAAACGCUGUCCGAAGAUGAGAUUCGCCUCGGGCUACGCCUUCAGACCCUGAAGAAUCAGCUGGUGCCGAUCUUCUGUGGGAGCGCGUUCAAGAACAAGGGUGUCCAGGCAGUGCUGGACGGCAUUCUUGACUACCUGCCGUCUCCUUUGGAAGUGCCACAGCCUGCGGACGCGAUUCGAAAGAUCCACGAGGCGUUCCCAGGCGCGCGGGACGCCCCGGCGACUGGGCCGCUCUCCGCUCUCGUCUUCAAGAUGACCACCGACCCGUUCGUCGGCGUCCAAAACUUCGUUCGGGUGUACACGGGCGAGCUGCGGCCCGGGAGCGUCGUGAUGAACGUGCGGACGGGGAAAGAGGAACGAAUUCAGCGCCUCGUCCUGAUUCAUGCGAACGCGCGCAAAGACGUCCCGAGUCUCCGUGCCGGAGACAUCGGCGCUGUCCUCGGCCCGAAGGACUUCCUCACCGGCGACACCAUGUGCGAAAAGAAGCACCCUGUCCACCUGGAACCGAUCGAAUUCCCCGCCCCCGUCAUCAGCUUGGCAGUGGAGGCGAAGGUUCGGGCGGAGCACGACAAAAUGACGUCCGCGCUCUCCAAACUCUCCCGCGAAGACCCCUCGCUCAGCGUGACGGUAGACCGCGAAACGAAGCAGCUGAUCCUCGGCGGCAUGGGCGAGCUGCACCUGGAAAUCGUGCUCGACCGUCUGAAGCGCGAGUUCGGUGUGGAGGCUGCUUCCGGUGCGCCGCAGGUCGCGUAUCGCGAAACGAUCACUGCCGCAGGGACCGGUCGCGGCAAGUACAUCAAGCAGUCGGGGGGCCGCGGACAGUACGGCGACGUGUGUCUGACGAUCGAGCCUCUGGAGCGGGGCUCCGGCAACCGGUUCGUGAACGCGAUCCGCGGCGCGGUGAUUCCGAACGAAUUCAUUCCUGCCGUCGAAGCUGGAGUUAUGGAGCAGCUUCAGAACGGUGUCCUCGCAGGCUACCCCCUCACUGACGUCCAGGUCACUGUGUUCGAUGGGACGUACCAUGCUGUGGACAGCUCCGAGCUGGCCUUUCGAAUCGCCGCGUGUCUCGCGCUCAAGGAUGCCGCGAAGCACGCCGGACUCGUCCUCUUGGAACCGCUCAUGGCGCUGCACGUCAUCUCGCCCCAAAGCUAUGUUGGCAGCGUGAUUGGGGACCUCACUUCUCGACGCGGUAUCGUCCAGAAAGUAUCCAGCCAGGAGUUCGCCGGCAGCGCCGGCGACGAUGUCUACGACGGGGAAGGCGAAACCACCCGCGGCAGGCAAGAGGAAGGGGACGGCAUCACCGAAGUCGACGUGCUCGUCCCGCUCGCGGAAAUGUUCGGAUACACCACGGUUCUCCGCUCGCUCUCGCAAGGCAGAGCCACGUCAUCGAUGCAACUCGCGAAAUACAUGCCCACUCCGAGACACGUUGAAGAAGAAAUCGUCGCUCAGAGAACGGGAGGAACCGGCAAGCAACCCUGAGAUCAGCUGUACAUACACCUCAGAGAAACGCCAAUUGGCGUCAGUGCAGGAAUGAUGAACGGAAUGGGAAGUGUAAAUACCCUGAAGAUUUUGAAGGGGUAGGGAGUGCGCGAAAAGGGAGGGAAUGGUGGAGGUGCUUGGGAAAAAAAAGAAAGCGGAAUUCAGUGGUGAAGAGAAUGGUCUUGGCAAUGGGAUGGAUCGGUGGCUUUACCUCAGAAAAAUACGGUCGGUUAUGUGUGGUAUUCCCACCCGAAGAAGCAGAUUGUGACAGAACAGGCUUUCGCACGCACAGGAAUCUCAUAAGAGCUGUUUUCCGAAAUUUUGACUCUCCCAGAACACUUCAGGAGGUGCCUCGGUCCCGUGGAGAUUCGCGCGGCCGCGCCCUUCGUUGUGAUUAUCGGGUUUUGUCUUUUUUUCUCCGUCGUCCACUCUCACUGUGUCCGCCGGCAGUUCGUAGCCGUUUCCCGCUCCCGUCUCCGACGCAGCGAAAUUGUAGAGCCAACGUGGAAACCUUCAAUCUGCUUUCAUAAGUCAGAGUUUACCGGGGAAGUUAG